AUGGCUUUGUGGCUUUGUAUUGGAAGGCUUUUUCCGUCCGAAGGUGGAGAUUCUGCAGCCGUGCGGCAUCAGCUCGUGGAUGUUUGCAGUGUUUGCUCCUCUGCUUAUGCCUUCGCUGCGCUGAAACAUGAUGGCUCAGUGGUCUGCUGGGGCGACUCCAACGCAGGAGGAGAUAGCACUGCAGUGCAGGAGCAGUUGCACAGUGUGCGCCAGAUCUCUGCAGCAACCUGGGCUUUUGCAGCAAUAAAAGGUGACGGAUCAGUGGUCACCUGGGGAAACGACCGAAAGGGUGGCGACAGCAGCAGUGUUCAGGACCAAUUGAUGAACGUAAAGAGCAUUUGCGCAUCAUCAUGGGCUUUUGCAGCACUGAGAGCCGAUGGGCGCGCAAUCACCUGGGGAGUUGCAAACAAAGGUGGUGACAGCAGGUCUGUGCAAGAGCACCUACACAAUGUCCUGCAGCUUCGAGCCACAUCUUGGGCUUUUGCUGCCUUGAAAAGUGAUGGAACAGUACUGAGUUGGGGUGAUCCUGAGAGUGGUGGAGACUGCCGAAAAGUACACCACAGAUUGACGAGCGUUUGUCAACUUUGUGCCUGUGCCGAAGCUUUUGCUGCUCUCACUCGGCUUGGUCAGGUGGUGACAUGGGGUCAUGUUCUGUGCCAGCGAAGUUCAUCAGAUGGCUCAUUGAACGAUGUGCAGAGGAUGUCAGCUUCCUCCAGAGCAUUUGCCGCACUCAAAAAGGAUGGCACGGUGGUUACAUGGGGUGAUAGGCAGAAAGGAGGCAGCAGUGGAACUAUGGAGCCCGAGCUUGUGGAUAUUCAUCAAAUUUGUGGAUCCUCUUGGGCCUUCGCAGCACUUCGCGGUGAUGGACAGGUGAUAACUUGGGGAGAUCCUCGAAAUGGGGGAGAUUCGAGCGCUGUCAGUCAUUGCUUAAGUGAUAUCGUGGACCUUUUCGCAUAG